AGGAAAUGACACCGGAAUCGUGUUUUAGAGAUUCGAGCGACCUCCCUCCAAAAAAAAAAACAGACAGACACUCCCUCACCAGCAAGGGUCCACACGACCACACUCAUGGAGACCGCGUUCUUCUCCGCCGCCUCCCUCUUCCACGGCGCCGACGACAGCGACGACGGCCGAGAUGAGAUGGAGGUCGACGGCAAGGGGAAGGAGGAGGCGUUGGAGUAUGUGGAGAGAGCGCACGAAUUCCCUGGCAUGCUGCUUGGGCAGGCUGCACAGCGAAACCGCUCGGCUGCAGCUGCUUGACAUGCCACUGCCUAGCCUACUGCUGCCCAGCUGCAGCUAUUGGACAAUGGAUAUUGUGCUCGCAGGCUGCGGCUGCAGCAGCUGGCUGCAGCUGCCGGCUUGCUGCUGCAGCUAGGCAGCCAGCACUACUAGGCAUUCUUGAUCUCAGUGUUAUUUGUUAUUGCAACCCUACAAACGAUACCGAAUUCAUAUUUAUCUUUUUCUUCAAAUUUCCAAAUAUGACAAUACAGAAACUCAGCGUAAGGGAAUUCUCAGCUCAUGAGGUUAACGCAAACUUGCUGUGGCCUGGGACAUUUUCAUUUGCUGCUUGGCUGGUUAAGAACCAGUUGAUUUUGGAUGGACAACGGGUCUUGGAAUUGGGAAGUGGGACGGGAGCUCUGGCGAUCUUUUUGAGGAAGUCAUUUGGGGUGGAUAUCACAACAUCUGAUUAUGAUGACAAGGACAUUGAAGAGAAUAUUGCUUACAACUGCAAAGCUAAUAAGUUGGAUGUGCUACCUCAUAUCAGACACACAUGGGGAGAUCCAUUUCCAGCUUCUAGACCAGAUUGGGACAUUGUUAUUGCUAGUGAUAUUCUACUCUAUGUUAAACAGUAUGACAACCUGGUAAAGACAGUAUACUUUCUUUUAAAAGAAUACAAGAAGUCAGGUGAGAAGUCAGGCUGCAGCACCAUCACAGACAAAUCAGGAACACAAGUACCUGCAAAAUCUCCUGUGUUUCUGAUUAGCUGGCGCAGAAGAAUCGGCAAGGACCAAUUGCUUUUCUUCAAACGAUGUGAGAAUGCGGGCCUUGAAGUGCGUGAUUUGGGUGAUCUUGCUUACCUCGUCAGAAUUAAGAGCUGAAAAAAAUGAGGAAAUUGCACUCUCCUCUAAGUUGUUACGAAAGGCACUGCGGGGGCGGGGGGGGGGGGGGGGCGCCUGCCUGGACAGUUUUUGGAAAGGAAACGUGUGGAUUUUGAGUAGGUUUUUGCUGGAGUGAUUUUGCUCGAAUUUUCCGUUGUUAGAAUUGUUCACUGGAAGGACCUCACUUGUGCUGAGUCUUGUUGAGCUGUACUGCUGCUGUAUUUUUGAAACUCUGAGAUGGAGCACGUUGCAAGAUGUGCAGAGAUCUACCCAAUGUAACUCGCGUCUUUCUUGGCAAGAUGAGGAAAGAGUGCGCCCAUGUGGUGCCAUGUGUUUGUGAAACA